AACCUGCACAGUCUCUUUAUGGAACAUUUUUUCAGCAGAAACAUGUGUCAUACAUUGAUCUUGGCCCCAGAUGGAUUUAUUCCUGAUAGAGUAUGUAUCUGUAUCGGAUAUUCUCCCUGUCUAGUCUGUAUGUGGGACUAAGAAUUUGUUGCAGCAGUGAGUUGUCCAACUGCAUAUACAAUAAUGCAUUACGAGAUUCUGCAUUCAAAAUGGAUGGAUGUAUCCAGUUUGCGGACCAACAAGACAGAUUUUCCAAGUCAAACUAAUUCACCCUGCAUACCAUAGGUUUCCAGUUAGGGAGUGAAGGAACACACAACCCACCCAACCAGAACCAACGAGCGGUGGCUCGAUUACCAAAAUUACUUUAUCUGUAUUUGCGGAAAAAUGCACUCUACCAACAAAACUCCACACAAAGGGUUAAAAGGAUUAAUACAGGAAGGGAAUAUCGUGGGCAAUAGAAGCUGUUUCGAGUGAUAACUGAGCACUGACCUGUAAUGGCAGUAGGAGGACAUGACCCUAACCUCCAUAGAGAUCUGUGUGAGGAGGCGAAGGAGUGCCUUACAUGUCGAGUUUGUCAAGACACACUGAAGGAUCCACGUAUCCUGGAAUGUGGCCACACGUUUUGUUUGGUGUGUAUCCAAACUGUCUACUUACGCUAUCCUGAGGGUAUUAACUCUGCUCUUUGUCCAUUAUGUAAAACACGAUUUUUUCCUAAAGGGCAAAAUGCGGGAAAUUUUCCGAAAAAUUAUGUUGUGAUGGACUGUUUGUCAAUGUUAGAAAAGCAUGAUCAACCAGAUGGAGAGGACCCUGAAGGAGAAAGUUGUGAAAUUUGUGACGAAACCGAAACUGUCCCAGCAACAAACUACUGUGUGGAGUGUUCUAGGUAUUUGUGUCUGAAAUGUGACAAGAAACACCAGAAGCUGCAUGCUAUGCACCAUUCCAUGAAUCUUGAAGACAUCAGGGAUACCCAAGUAUAUGAUUUACUACGAAGUCACAAAGAGGAUGAUGAUUGUCCAGACCAUCCCGGUUCUAAAAUGACACGGUUUUGUGUGCCAUGUAAAAAGCCAGUAUGUGAACAGUGCUGCCAAGUUUCGACCCAUCAACAUCAUCGCACUUCGCCCGUUAGCUCUACUGUUGAAACUGUACAGAGAGAUCUGUCACGGUUGAUAAGUGAUAUUGAAAAAAAUUUCAAAGAACUUGAGAAGUGCCGAGCAUAUUGGACCCACCUUCACGGAAAACUGGAAGGCACACAUCAGAGCAUGCGAGAAAAAGCAAUUUCGCGUACAAGAGAACUCCAUGACAUGAUCAACAAUAAAAGAGAUAAGACUUUAAAUGAGAUAGAAAUGCAUUACACAGAGAAAAAUUCUGAAAUGAGACAGCAGUUGAAUCAACUUGAAGCUGAUCUUGGAACUUUCAGGAAUCUUUUAGAAAAAGCACGGGCUGUUCAAACUGUUGGAUCUGCUUGUCAGAAGCUGAAAGAGGUGAAAUCUAUUCAGGAACAGCUAAAACAAAGCCGUCCAGUUAUCUGCUGGCCGGCCACCUUCUACAAACACAGUAUUCAGUUUUCCCCAUUUCAAUACAAGAAGCUGACUGAUAGGGACGGCAUUGGUCAUGUGACUGGCAAACAUGAUUACUUCCUGUUUCAUCACUACUGGACACUGAAGAAAAUAACAACUGAAGAUAUUAUUGUCUCUCCGGUGUGAUGACGUCAUCAACAUAACACUGCUAUGAUAACAUCAAAUGUGUUAGGACAUUACAAACAUGAUGACGUCACAUGUGGUAGGACAUUACAAACAUGAUGACGUCACAUGUGUUAGGACAUUACAAACAUGAUGACGUCACAUGUGAUAGGACAUUACAAACAUGAUGACGUCACUGCUGCUAUGACAAUUGAUAACAUCACUGUUAUGAUAAUUUACCUGUCACAGGCACCUGUACUUGGAAUGUAAAAACAAAAAUCCAGUCCACUGUACAUUUGUAUGGUAGAUUUUGCUUCAGUUUUUCGUUCCAGAUACAGAUGCCUGUGUUAAGAAAUCACAAAUAUGAUGACGUCAUGAAUACAUUCAUAGUUGAGCGGAACCCACUGUUAGCUUUGAGGUAUGAUGAUGGCAUCAUGUCAUCUCCCAAUCUACUGGAUUUACUUUUCACAAACUAAUGCAUAUAGGAUAUUUAAUAGUGUCUUCAGUAAUAACAAAUAUUCGCACUCGUGAAAGAUACCAAAAUAUUAGCCACACAAGUGAAUUAUAUUUGUUAUUACUCAAGACACUAUUAAAUAUUCUGUUUAUUACAUUUUCAUCGCAAAAAUAAACCAAAACAAUGGCAAACUUACGAUAACUAUAAAAUGGGUAAGUUGACCAUGCUUUUUCCAGACACUACUCACUCAUUAUACAACGAUGUUGUGCGCUGGAAAAAUAGUCCAUUUCAUGAAAAAUCAGUAAAAAUAUACAGACUCAUAAAUAAGUCAUAAUGAAUGUUUAUUUGUGUCUGGACAUGGAUUUUGUAGUUUAUUGAUGUCACUUAUACACAAUAAAAUGGUUUAAACGUUAACUGAAAAAAAACCCCAAUGUUUGAUAAAUUCUUCGG